AUGCUUAGGAGGUUCAAACCAAGAUUUGCUCUUUACAGAGCAAUGAGUACAAGUUCUACUUCAACUGUUACACCACCAUCCCCAACUGGGGUGGUUUUCAUGAAUAUGGGAGGACCUUCAAAAGUCAGUGAAACUCAUGAUUUCUUAUUAAGAUUAUUUUCUGAUGGUGAUAUUAUACCUUUUGGAAUAUUUCAAAAGCCAUUGGCUCAUUGGAUUGCCAGUAGAAGAACCCCAAAAGUAUCCCAUCAUUAUGAGGAAAUAGGAGGUGGAUCACCAAUUAGAAAAUGGUCCGAACUCCAAUGUGCAAAAGUUUGUGAAAUCUUAGACAAGACAAAUCCAGAAUAUGCUCCUCAUUUACCUUAUGUUGCCUUUAGAUAUGCUAAUCCAUUAACUGAAGAAACUCUUGUUCAAAUGAAGAAAGAUGGAAUUAAACGUGCAGUGGCAUUUUCUCAAUAUCCUCAAUUUUCCUAUGCUACUUCCGGAUCUUCCAUGAAUGAAUUAUAUAGACAAACUUUAAUACAUGAUCCUGAAAGAUCAAUUGAUUGGACCUUUCUUGAUAGAUGGCCUCAAGACAAAGGUUUAGUCAAUGCGUUUGCCAAUAAUAUUAAAGAGAAAUUAGCUGAAUUCCCUCCUGAGAAAAGAGAUGAUAUUGUUAUUUUGUUUUCGGCUCAUUCUUUACCUAUGGAUAUUGUUAACUUGGGUGAUUCGUAUCCAGCUGAAGUUGCUGCUACUGUAUAUAAGAUUAUGGAACACCUUGAAUUCUCAAAUCCAUAUCGAUUAGUAUGGCAAUCACAAGUGGGACCUAAGGCUUGGUUAGGUGGACAAACUGCCAAGAUUGUAUCCAAAUUAGAAAAACGUGAUGAUGUUCCUGGAAUUGUUCUUGUUCCAGUUGCAUUCACCUCUGAUCAUAUUGAAACCUUACAUGAAAUAGAUAUUGAACUUAUGGGAGAAAUCGAUCAUCCAAAUAAGGUUAAACGUGCAGAAUCUUUGAAUGGUAAUGAAGUAUUUAUUGAAGGAUUGGCAGAAUUAGUUAAGGAACAUUUACAUUCUGGUAAAAGAUACUCCAAACAAUUAGAAUUGGAUUGUAUAUUGGGAGGAGAGAGAGCUCAAAAUACGUUUAAACAUCCAAGUGAAAUAUUCGGAAAGCCAAAAGAAGACACUAAAUAG